AUGCGACUUGCCUACGCCUCAUACCGCAAAUACUUGUCGGCCAGGCCCAACGAACGGCUUGCGGAUCGUGUGUUGGGAGCGUUCACCAACGACCAGCUAUUCUUUAUCAAUUGGGCUCAGCUGACGAUCAAUUUCCCGGCGUGGGAGACGUUUUAUCCAUCUUAUAACACCCAUCAUCCGGCGGAAUUGAGGAUUCGAUUAACGGCUGCCAAUUUUCCGGCCUUUGCGAAUGCAUUCCGCUGCAAACUCAACUCAACGAUGAAUCCCAUCGAAAGAUGUCCGAUUUUUAAGUCGGAUAAUGAAACUGAUACCUAA